UUUCAAUCACCAACCCCUGGCCCACUCGACACUCGAACAUUCAUUCCAUUCUGCGAACUGUGCUUCCACCAAGGACCACUCUUCUCUCCUCUGCCGCCUGUCGCUUUGAUCGUCUCUGACGACGUCCUUUCCUUACCUCCCGCGGCCUCCUCUGGCGCUCCCCUCGCACGGUCGCUGGACGAACUUCUGCGAGCAGCCUUUCUUUUGAUCAUUGCUGCCGUUUCCAACCUCCAGAGGGCUCACUCCUUUUGCCCUUCGUCAUUCCUUACCUUUCCCGCCUCUCUCGUCGCCGCUCCUUAUAAGCAAGGUCAUCAUCGACGAUGGAACAAACUAUGGUGGAGGAAAUCGUUCUCGAGCCACAGCAAGAGCUUCCUUCCGCACCCAAUACCGACGUCAAGCCAGAAGACAUUCCUCUUCCAAGAAGCUCAAUGAUCACCGUCCGACUGUCCGACAUUCAGGUGCACCCAGAUGUCGAUGAGGAGUUGGGACAAGAUGCUUCACCUCAACCAUCGAUCCACCAAAGCAGUCCUUCUUCUACAAGAUCGAGUCGGUCUUCUUCCAGAACAUCCGAGAGUUCUAUCUCCUUGAUAUCCGUAGAUUGGGAGGGCUUGGAGAAGACUGAAGAACAGGAGAAAGAUGAUGCUACAGACGAGUCUACGGCUCUUCUACUUGCUCGGCUCGAGAAAGAGAAUGCUGCGCUAGCUACCGAUCCAAAAUCCGGAAUUGCAAAUGCAUCUCGCCCUCGGAAGAACACACGACCACCAUCGAUCCAACAACUAAAGCGGAUGAUUGAUGGCCCUGUACGACAAUCCCUGAGAUAUUCCAUAUUGCCAGCUCCAGGAUUUACAGAGUUGGAAUUCUGGGCAGCACUGGUUCAGGACUACACCCAGACAGCCCAGCGACUUCCCACCCUCACGUCCAACAAAAUCCGAGGCGGCGUCCCACCAAUGUUUAGAGAACAUGUAUGGCCCAGCAUCGCACGCGCUCGGGACCCUUUCCUGCAAUCCGAAUACCACAGACUUUCUGUCGAGCCCAGCCCAUACGAUGCUCUGAUUGGCAAAGAUGUGGGAAGAAGCUUUCCAAACGUCGAUAUGUUCCGAGAAAAGGAUGGCCAAGGUCAACGAAUGCUCGGAAAUGUCUUGAAGGCAUUCAGUCUGUACGACGAAAAGAUUGGGUACUGCCAGGGUCUGGGCUUUGUCGUGGGACCGCUGUUGAUGCAUAUGGGCGAGGCCGAAGCAUUUUGCAUCCUCGUGAGAUUGAUGGAACACUAUGACCUGAGAUCGUGCUAUCUACCCGAUCUUUCCGGCUUACAUCUCCGUAUCUACCAGUUUCAACAGCUCCUAACACGCCAUCUUCCGGACUUGGCUGCUCACCUCGACACACUCAAGAUUGAACCACUAUACGUCUCUCAGUGGUUUCUGUCAUUCUUCGCCGUAACCUGUCCACUACCGAUGUUGCUCCGGAUAUACGAUGUCAUUCUGUCCGAGGGUGCCACCGAAACCUUGAUGCGGGUUGCUCUUUCUUUAAUGCAGCGCAAUCAGAAGAAGCUCAUGGCAUACACAGAGUUUGAGGACGCCAUGCAAUUUCUCCUCUCAAGACGUCUGUGGGAUACGUACGCACAGCAGGCGGAUGAUAUGGUCUCUGAUUUCGUGUCUUUGACCGGUCUCGUCAGCCAGGAAGCUCUUCAGUCUUUGGAGACUAGCUUCAGGCAUUCGCAGAAUCUCACUGCUGCCCCGUCACUUAAGAGUGCUGCUGCAUCUUUCCUUGGCCGAUUCUGGGCAGGUUCAUCGCAUACUCCUUCAAAAUCUGCGAACCUCAGUCUACUAAUUCCUGGAAACAACACGUCGGUCCGUAAAUCUUCUUCUGGCCAGAGCAUUACAUCGACGCUCAACUCGGUGGACACUUCUAUCUCCGAUGCCAGCACACUGGCCACCGAGAUAUCUGAAGAGCUAUCACUUAAGCCAGUUGCUUCGAAUUCCGUCGUGAAUGAAACUGCAAUAUCACUUCCAAACUCAAGCGACCGAGAUCUCCAUCACCAAAUUGAAGAGUUGCUGACCGAAUUGUCCAGAGUUCAACGUCAGCAUGUUGAGCUCGCUCGCGAAUUGCAACGAGAGCGAGAGGAAAGAGAAGAAGAUCGUCAAAUGGGCCGGACCCUUCUCGACCACCUACGACAACAGACAGCUGAUAUCAAGGAGCUUGCUGGUAAAGAACCCACGGAGGAUGAUGCCGAAUUGGAUGCUCUGCUGGAACAAGCCAACCAACGAUUCGGCGAAGACAAAUCCAAGCGGCUUUCUAUUGCGCAGUCAAAACACCAACUUCGUGAUUCUGUGGCUGAGUGGAAGGAGAGGCACGAAGCUGAAGCUCAGAAAUGCCGCGUACUUAUGAGACAACUUGACGAACGUGAAGCCGAAUACAACUCGGUCAAAGAAAACUUGCGCGAAGCUAGGACACGGAUACAAGAUUCUCACCGAGAAAAGCAACGCCUGGAACGCACAAUCUCGGAUUUGAAAUCGCGGAACAGUUCGGUCCCUGACUCGCCUGCAGACCUUUACACGCCUGUUGACGAGUUCCCAGACCUCAAAUUGCCCGCACCAAAGUCAGGACUUCGAGAGCUGAGACUGGGAAGACCAGAACAACCGUCUCGAUCAUCCAGUGUUGGGCCUUUCUCCAAAAGAUCAAGUAGCCUCAACACUCAAGCUGUUCUUGCGACAGAAAACCACGAACUUGUAUCGAACGACGCCCUAUUGAUCGAGUUGGCCAAUGCAAAGACAGCCGAGGCAGUGGCUAGACAGGAGCUGGACGAGACUAAGGGCAAGCUGGAUGCUCUUCGAAAGAUCUUGAGUGGGACGACCUCAUCUCCAACUGCACGAGCAUCUGAGUCGCCAACGUCGGCGAACUCCGCAAGCAUCAGCCCGGGUAUAAAGGAAACACCGAAAGCGUCUCAUACCGCGUCUGCGAGUACUGGUGGAUUCUUCAGUGGAUGGGGGAAAAGAGGUUGAUGUCGAGCCAGAGCUCUCCUCCCACCUGCCUAUGUUCGGUUAAUUACUUUUUAAUUCAUGACAUCUAGAUAGCCAUAUACGACCAUCUUCUUCGCAUCUUAGCGACAGAGGAGAUGAAGUGAGACUUCCAAUCAGAAUUGACCUCCCUUCUCAAACA